AUGGCAUCCACGCCCAACCUCGAGCACCUCUCCAUCCUCCUCAGUUAUUCUCCCGAAGACCGGCCCACUCUUGAUGAUACCACACAUCAAAACACUCGUCGUUCCUUGGGCGCCCUCACCGGCUGUCCGCGCCUACGCACCCUCGCCGUCAUCUACGGCGGGCCCGAGUCACGUCCCAUACGCUCCUGGUGUCGCAGGACCCUCACCGACGCACUCCCCGUCCUCCUCGCCGACCAAUUCUCCAGCACGCCCGCCCCUCAUCCCGCCCUCGAGACGCUCAAGCUCGAGACACCUACUGGGCCAUCGACCUCGACCCGCGAGCGGUGGCAGGCGGUCGUCACUCCGUACGUCCAAACGAGCACGCGCAGCCACGGUCCCACCGAAGUCACGGUCAGCUGCGCAGGGAUGACCUUCGCCUCGGACACCAACGUCCCUGCGGGCGUCAUCGGCAGCCCGUACGGGGACACCCGAGCGUACAUCAUCGAUCCCCGCCGCCCAGACACCCGUGUCCCCGUCGGCGAGCUCUGCCUCUCGGGCAACCAAGUCGGGCGCAGAUACCUUGGGCGCCCCGACCUCACCGCCGCCGCCUUCGUGCCCGACCCGUUCUCGGAGCCCAGGCUGAUGAUGUACCGCUCCAGCGACCGCGCAAGGUGA